UUCAACCUACAAGGCAAUUUCGCACGUGUAAAAAAUAAAAAUACAAUCGAUCACUUCCAUCGAUUUCUUUAAAACCACAAAAAAAGCGCAUCGAUAUCUCUUGUCUGAGGUCGCUGUCACAUUCUCCGCUAAACGUCAUUCUUUUUUCGUGCGAGGCAUAGUGCGCGUGUUCUAACUUAUUCAUUCAAAGAAAAAGUAAAUAAACAUCAUGCCGAAAAGAAAAGUACAAAAGAAAAUUGACCGAUACCGUGAGAAAAUAAAGAUUUUAGAAGGAGGUGAACAACGGAAACGCCUUCGGAUAAUUUAUUCCGAUUCUUCGGACGAAAAUAACUCCGAUGAUGUCUUGACGGAGUCAGUGUUUGCUGCUGUACCGUCUGCAGACCAACCCCCUUCGCAAGAAGCAGAUAUGGCACAGGAACCAGUGCCCGAACUGGAUGCUGAUUUUUUAUCAGCUUUGGGUGACGCAGCUGAGGAUACUCCUGGUUUUGGCGAAAAUAUACACCCAACUCUCGCCGAUCGAUGGCUACCAAUUUUACGCCGUGGCAUUCCUAAGGAGCCCAAAGAAAGGUUGCUGAAAGAGCAACUCAUCCCGGACAACUGCAAGUUACUAAAAGCACCCACACUCAAUCCGGAGAUAUCAGCUGCGAUAACGGAGGCAGCCAGAAACCGAGAUAAGAAGCUCGAGAAUGCCCAACAACAACUCGGCCUCGGUAUCACGGCUAUUAAUAGGGCUAUGGCGAUACUUUUUACCAGCGAUGACAAAGAAAACAAGGUGCAGGCAGUCAAGAUUUUGUCGGACGCCUGCCGAAUUUUGUGUGAUUUACAUUAUAUGGACACACAGACAAGGAUUAAGCUUAUCACACCAGCGUUGGACAAGGCCUUCCUGACCAUAGUCCAAGAUUUAGAGAGAGACGAAUCCCUCUUUGGACGCAAACUGUCCGAGAAAAUAAAGGCGUCAAAAGCUAUAGAGAAACAGGGCCUGCAAAUUAAAAAGAACGUAGUGUCUCAGAAAGCCUCUACGCCUUCUACACCUCAAUCGACGACUCGGACACGCCCCCAGGGAAACUGGUCAGCCCCCUCCCGCUAUCAGCAGUCGUCGAACAGGGGGGGGCGAGGAGGUUCUCACAGAAUUUCGGCGACGGCUCACAGGCCAGGGCCUCAGGCUGCGACGCAGGCGAAGAGCAGUCAGAGCAAGCCGCGAGCUGCUCAUCGACAGUAACCUCGGUACGUCACGCAGGAGUCGUCAGCAGCUACACGGGAAUACCCUGGCUGCAGCGAGGCUCUCCGGUACGCGUUCACUAGGAGGGGAACCCCAGAGGCUGCUUUGAACCUAAUGAUUGCUUCUUUAGCUAAGAAUACCUUAGUUCAGUACAACGUUACUUAUAAAUCGUGGUGGGAAUUUUGUAAAGAUAAUAAUCUUGACUUCUAUGAUGCUGAGGUAUCUCAUGUACUAUUGUUUCUUACAGAGCAAUUUAAUAGAGGUUUAGCAUUUGGCUCAUUGAACACACAUCGUUCAGCACUCUCCCUCCUCUUAGGAGGGGAUAUUGGUACCAACGCUAAAAUUAAUCGACUUUUAAAAGGCGUUUAUAAAUUAAAGCCGCCUAUUCCCAAAUACAAUAAAACAUGGGACCCUCAAAUUGCUUUAAACUUUAUUUCAAAUUGGUAUCCGAAUAGAAGUCUGUCUUUGGAAAAAAUUACUAAAAAGUUGGUUAUCCUAUUGGCGUUGUGCACUGCCCAUAGAGUGCAAACGCUAUCACUUAUAAAAUUGGAUAAUGUUUGUAUAAGCCCAAACGGAGUCAAGAUUAUUAUCUCAGACAUCAUUAAGACCUCAGCCCCGGGUCGUAAUCAACCUGUUUUAUUCCUUCCUUAUUAUAAUGAAAAUAAGAGUAUUUGUCCAGCCACUACUUUGGAAGACUAUUUACAGUUAACAAAAGAUCGUAGGCCCAUGAAUUGCAACAAUCUUUUGCUUACAUUCAAAAAACCCCAUAGAACCGCCUCUGCUCAAUCCAUCAGCAGAUGGAUCAAGCAGGUUUUAGCUGCAAGUGGCGUGAGCGUGUCGGAAUUUAGUGCACAUAGCACGAGACACGCGUCCACGUCCGCUGCUAGCUCAGCAGGGAUUUCCUUGGACCUCAUUCGCAAGACAGCAGGCUGGACAAAAACUUCGGAAACGUUUGCUCGAUUUUAUCAGCGCCCUAUAUGGGAAGAAGGUAGUUUUGCUAGAUCAGUUCUUUCGAAUGAUUCUACUAGUAACUUAAACAAAGAUUAGUUAAGUAC